CUGGGUGAUAUUCUCAUUCUUCGCGUACCUCCCGCAGCCGAGUCGAUCCCCCGGCACGUCUUUACCCUUUCCCUGAUGGUGGGUGCCGCAUCGGACCCGACGGAGACUGGCACGGCCGCGCCGCCGCGGCCGAUGCGUACGGUGGGACCGUAGGAUGAUGCGACCUGUCACGACGGAAUCGGGGCGUUUGACCGCCACAACGAAUCACAUUAAAUGCAGCCGCGGGUGUAUAUCUAAGCUAGCAGGUUGCACCCAGUUGCACUUGACUGACAGCCAUUGGAUCACUUGUGCGAUGGCCACAGGCUCCGACGUGCGAUCACUAGAAGGCGGCCGGCGGCGAUGAACCCUUGCGUGAAAUAGCCAUCAACUCAUAGGUGCAUUAUUCAAGGGCUCCUGUAUAUGAAAGUCACAGGCCGGAUAAUACACGUGCGGCGUGGCGGCUCCCUUGAGUGCGGCCGCUUCCACACAUACACGAGAGAAUGGAUCCAGACGGAAGAGGGCGACAAGUGCGCGGCCUGCUACUAUGGGGCCUAUAAGUGCGCCAUUAUCCAUUGCGUCACGCAUCACGCCUGCUUUGGCGAGGGACCGCGCGAGGACAUCAUCGACGGAAGUGUUUAUGAGUUCUGUUUCGUAUGCGACAAAACGAACCGUCAGCGUGUCAAUCGUGGACGGGCCAAGGCGAAGGACUUUCGCCCAAAGAACCGCGCGAUCAAAGGCACUCGGGUAUGCGUCAACCCAGCAUGUGCCGUCACGGAGAAGGACUGGCCAUGGAACUGGCGCUAUGAAGCGGGCCACCGCAACGAUACCUGCUACUUGCGGUGUGAGCAAUGUCAUGUCUAUUUACGGGACAAUGGCAGGGAACGCCAGCCAGCCAACUUCUGGUCUCCUUCACAGGGCCCACGUCAGUGCUGCAUUUGUUCAGUCGAGGAGAACCUUGAGUCGCCCGGUAUGCACACGUUUCACCGAAAGAAGGACCAAGACGGCGAAUGGACUGGAACCUGGCGUUGCGGCGCUUGUCACUGUUACUACAUGAAAUACCAGGAUGAGCGCUCAGAAAGCAAACUCAAGAGGAAACCAAUCCCCUCCGACAGACGAUGCUUCAACUCGAUUUGUGUCCGAACCGGCGAGAAUCACAAGAAUUGGAGUCGCUAUUCCGACGACGGCAACGAGAUCUGGCGUUGCGGCGUUUGCGCCGAGUUCUUUGAUCGCACUGGAAAUGACAGAACAACUGUGCGCGUCAUGAACCGCAAGAAUGAAUACCAAGAGUGUGGAAACCCGAGCUGUGAUCGUACAACCGAGAAUUACACGGGGCGAUGGCUGUACCUUACCAAAGCGUAUGAUGACCCAACACAGAGGCGGUGUCGAAGAUGCCGAGAAUGGGUUCAGCGAAACACUGAGGAAUGGUCUGAGGAAAGGCAGGAGGCGAACAAAGCUCAAAGAGGGGCGAGCUUGAUCAUACACAUGAUCUGUGGAAAUCCCAAGUGUGAUAGCACGUCAGACAAUUACAGUGGGAGAUGGAAGAUAAUGGGAGGGCGCGGAGCUGACGAGAGCACGAGAAGGUGCAUGAGAUGUGCCAGCAGUAUUGACGGAGGUCAAGGAGAGUGGGACGACUCGGGAGAUGCGAUAGCAUGAUCCCAAGGGCGCUAGAGAGUUCAACGUCCGGGCGGGAGUCUGCUCCUGAUGGAUGGGGGAUGGGAGCUGAAGAGCCGUUGCGACAGAGAUUGAAACAGCCGGCCAAUCUGCUUACCUAGUAUGUUGCGUUAUAUUACCUUCUGUGCUUCAAGUUCACAUCCACU